GACGUGCCCUGCUGGCUAUAUGAGCUCCGCGGAGGCGCCUCCUCGGCCUUUUUCCGCCUCGUUCUUCGCUCGCGCCGGGGGCUGCCGCCACUAGCGCUCUUCCACCCGACACCGCCGGCCUGCCGCCGCCGCCCGCCCGCCGCCUCAGCCAUGAUCAUCUACCGCGACUGCAUCAGCCAAGAUGAGAUGUUCUCGGAUAUCUACAAAAUCACAGAAGUUGCCAACGGCCUCUGCCUGGAAGUGGAAGGGAAGAUGGUCAGCCGGAAAGAGGGCGAAAUUGACGAUGCUCUGAUUGGUGGAAACGCGUCCGCCGAAGGCCCCGAGGGAGACGGCACAGAGGCCACCGUCAUCACCGGGGUUGACAUCGUCAUGAACCACCACCUCCAGGAGACCUCUUUCACCAAGGAAUCUUACAAAAAGUACAUCAAGGACUACAUGAAGUCAAUCAAAGCCAGACUUGAGGAAACUAAGCCAGAGAGAGUAAAGCCUUUUAUGACCGGGGCAGCUGAGCAAGUCAAGCACAUCCUGGGAAACUUCAAAAAUUAUCAGUUUUUUGUAGGAGAGAACAUGAAUCCGGACGGCAUGGUGGGGCUACUGGACUUCCGCGAAGAUGGCGUGACCCCCUAUAUGAUUUUCUUUAAGGAUGGAUUAGAGAUGGAAAAAUGCUAACAAGAAAACCCAAUCAUUCCGAAUCAUUUUCUCAUCAUAAUUGGCUGCUGCUCUUUAUUCAUCAUCCAACAAAAAAA